AAAACAGGGCGAUAUUCAGAUUUUGUAGCGAUGAGCAGCUUUGCCCUCCCUUGCCGUUUUCUCCUCCUGGUCUUCGUCCUCCUCGCUUCCCUUGCUUUUGCCCGCUCCAUAUCAGGUCGCUACCCCGGGCAUCACCCAAGAAUACAAGGGUUCAUCGCGACCCUGUACGCUUCUCCUUCCUCCUCCUCCUCCUUUUCCUCCUCCUCACUAAGCAAACGCGGUCAGUUCAAUGUUCGCACAGCUGCACUUCGGGAUCCACGUUUCCGUUUUGCCCUUUGCUGCUGCUCCUCCUCCUCCUCUACCUCUUCCUCGUCUUCCCCUUCUGAAACCACUCCCUCCACCAAGGACGCGGCACUUGAGCGACUAGUUUCAUCCCUGCUUUCGCUAAGAGGGGGAGGGGCCCAACAGGCAGCCGCUGCGGCCGCCGCCGUCCUAGGCCCGACCACAGUGCGGUCCGGCUCGUCCUCCCCCCCACACCCCAGCCCUGAUGGCACUCCCUUGCCAAAGCAUUCCUCGUUGAUGAUGGAGUCGGAGGAGGGACAGGGAGACGAAGGGAGGGAGGGCGGGAAGCAGGAGUUUGGAAACACCCUGCCACGGAUCAACUUGGCCCUUGUCUUCCCUUCCAAUUGCUAG